AUGAGUGUCUUCUCAUUUGGGGAUUUACCCACCAUCCAGACUAGGAAGGCCUUGUUACUACUUGACUUUCAAAAUGACUUUGUCCGUUCGUCCGGGGCUUUACAUAUCCCCAAUACAUCGGAUAUCCUCGAAAAUCUCCCGCAGCUAGCAUCUGCAUUCCGUCGAGUCGGUGAUGUAGUUUGGGUGCGGUCACAAUAUGCAUCUCCUCAGACCAUUGUUGACUGGAAUUUUGGUGAUCGCAUUGUCCUGGACAGAGAACCACCGCGCAGAAAGGAGAUGCCCACCUCGGAUAUAAUUGAAGUCAGGUCAGAUCAUGAUUCACCAGAACCGGUUGACCGUGAAGCUUUUCUCUCCACCGACUCUUCGCUAUGCUGUGACCCGCAUACCCCCGGAUAUCAGUUCCCCGCGCCGAUUCUAGCCGCCAUCAACCAGCAUGACACCGUAGUGGACAAAACAGGAUACUCUGCACUGGAGUCCCCCGGCCUGGUGCUAUCCUUUAGGACACGCUUUGUGACUGAGUUGUACCUUUGUGGUUCGUUGUCCAAUGUCUCUGUGUUUGCGACGGCUUUGGAUGCUGUCCGCAAUGGGUUUGCAGUCACCCUUGUGGAGGAUUGCUUGGGGUUCCGUGAUUUUCAGCGGCAUCAAGAAGCAAUGCGACGCAUGGCGGAUAUCCUGGGAGCGACUGGUAUCACCGCUCGGGAGCUCAUUCAGGAGCUAGAUUGGGAUGAGACUGAGGCAAUUGCACGCCAAGGCGCACCGCAGCCAAAGAGGUCAGCAGCUGAGGCUGGCAUCGAGAGCGUCAUGGAUGGUCUGGAAUUUUGGAAUACUGCGGACACCUCUCCCACAGAUAACCCACGCGAGCCAGAAGAUCCCAGCCUUUCGGAACUCGCUAGUCUUUCUCGCGCACAACGCCCUACCGCCGCACAGGCGCGGGGUCCAGUGGAGGACCAAAAGAAAGUGCGCGUGCGCGCCCGUCGUCCGAAGCGCCGAGACACCCCAAAAGAAUCUUCAACUGGACCUCGCGCUGACCACGACGGGGGAAUAACACCUCUGCAAUCCGCGGAAAUACCAAAUACAUCCCAAACCAACAUCGGGGAGGGCGACUCGCGCCUCGUGACCAAUGUCAACCUGGCCGAAGACUCCUUUGGUCGUAUACAGGCGGAGGUAGAUUGGCAAAAGAUGUACCAUCUGUCGGGCCAAGUUCCCCGAUUGGUUGCAGUCCAGGGUCAACCUCGACCAGAUGGAGCCAUACCUAUAUAUCGUCAUCCGGCGGACGAGUCUCCACCCUUCGAGCCACUCACCCCCACGGUUGAUGAAGUGCGCAUGGCGGUUGAGCAAAUACUAGGCCACCCCUUGAAUCAUGUACUUAUUCAGCUUUAUCGAGAUGGGCAGGAUCGCAUAUCAGAACACUCAGAUAAGACACUGGAUAUUGUGCGAGGGUCUUUCAUUUGCAAUGUCAGUCUAGGUGCCGAGCGUGUGAUGGUCCUCCGUACGAAAGCGUCAGCAUCGGAGCCUGAGGGAGGCACCGGACCAUGCCGAACAACCCAGCGCGUGCCUCUUCCUCACAAGUCACUUUUUGUGCUCGGCCCAAAGACCAACAUGCGAUGGCUUCAUGGCAUCCGGGCCGACAAACGGCCUGAUGUAACCAAAUCUACCGAGGAGCAAGCCUUUGGUGGUCAGCGAAUUUCCCUUACUUUCCGUCAUAUUGGCACUUUCAUCGACCCUGUGGCCAAUACAAUCUGGGGACAGGGGGCUGUCAGUAAGACAUUGGACCGGGCUCGCGCCGUGGUCCAUGGGGAUCCUACCGAAACAGCACGCCUCAUUGGUGCAUUUGGCCAGGAAAAUCGUGGCACCGAAUUCGAUUGGGACGCCGUGUACGGUGGGGGAUUUGACGUGGUCAACUUUGUGACUACAUCACCAGGGCAGCUAGUACUUGGCUGUGAUAUUGUGGCCAAUUUACGUGUGCGUCUCUGUCUGGGGGAAAGCGGCGUUCGAUAUCGAUUGAUCACCAACCAUGAGCUGGGAGCUAGAGAUAGUGGCGCAACUACACUGCCCAUAUAUGAAGCGCCUGAUGGAGCAACAAUCGCGGGCGACUCUGUUAUACUAGCGCACAUGGCCAACCGGUCUGCUGAUAUCUCACGGCCAGGUGGAGAUUCGUUACGUGGGGGCAAUUUCUUCUCAACGAUUGACCAGUUUCUGAGACACUGGCGUCAGCACUGUGCCACCAAUCCAGCCUGCCGGUUUGAAUAUGGGCUUGAGGAUUGGGAGCGUACUUUGCAGGGCCAGCAUUACCUAGGGGGCUCCGUGUUCACCAUCGACGAUUGCUCUCUAUGGCCAAUUCUACGGGAUAUUGUACAGAACCAAGGUCCAUUUGAUGCUCGGUUCGUGAGCGUGAAUCAAUACUAUCACCGAGUCGAGAAUCGGGGCAUCGUUCGAUCUAUUUUGGAGGAAUAA